AUGGGAAAGAUUGGUUGCACCAUAGAUGGCAACCUGGAUGACUCAAAAUUCAGCGAGCCGAUGCCAUGGAUCGGUAUCUAUGUUGCAGCAGCAUCUGCAGCUUGUGCACUGGCCAUGGCGAUUGAUGUCCUUCAUGGCCUGCGCCGUAGAAAAUUAUGGUUUCCUUGCAACUUCUUCUCUCUUAGUGCUACAACAUUAACGCUCCUAGCUGUUGCCACCAAGUUGUCUGUUGAUCUAAAUACAUCCAUGCCUCGCCGACAAGAUCAGCUGACAAAACUUAGCAGUGCUGCUCUACUCUGUACGGCAACUGCUAAUUUUUUGCCUUCUUUAGGUCAAAUGGAGAAUAAAGAGCUGUUGAUGAACAUAGUGGCUUUGGGGAUUUUCGUCAUCACGGCCAUCGUGAACAUUGGCAUACAAUUAGCUACUGGUGUUAUCUAUGUUUUCUGCAAAGAGCAUAUAGCCCUCGUGCUUAUUUUGCUUCUGUUACUGAUCUCCUCAGCCUUGACAAUACCAACUACAAAGUGUUAUUUGGACCUGAAAUAUAACAACAGGUACAAGUUAGCAAACAAAGAAUGCAACAUCAGCUAUACAUGCAAAACUCAGAAACUGAAGGAUGAACUAAUGAUAUUAUGGACCAUGGCCUAUACCUCUAGCCCCCACUUUGUCGCGGGGCGCUUAGCAACAUGCACUGCCUCUGGAGGUUUCUGCCUUCUGAGCACAGUGAUUUAUGCUCAAGCCAUGCUUAAGUCUUACUUUCUUCAUUCGAGCUUAAGCUUUUGUAGUGGAGACUCUGAAUACAAGUGGUCCAUAACCUUAAUUCUUGUAACUCACACAGUGGCAAUAGGAGUGGGGACUAUUGCACCAGCUUUUAGAUGGUUCAUAGCCAUAAAUUUCCGCUGCCCCAAAAAAACAAAUAAUGCCUGCAAACUCACGUUGUUCAAAGUGGAGAACUACUGGAUCCAUAUACUGCUUAAGUGGAAAGAAUGCCCGUUGGAUUUCAGAAUUUGUGGCCGGCAUGGUAGAAAAUUCGCUCAUAAGACAAAGAACAAACUUCUCGAUUUCUGCAUUUGGAUGCAAAUUCUGAUGGUGUCACUCAGUAAGGUAGUUCGGGGUCAUUUCCACUUUCUCUGUGAGUUGGUUACUGAUAAGCUGUCAGAAAGUAACCAGGAUGCUGAAAUGCAAAAAUGUGGUGUGGAGUCAUGA